AUUCCCAGCUCUUCCCCCCUCUCUCUCUCAGCCUCUCUCUCUCUCUCUUUCUCUCUCUCUCUUCCUCGCUCCCUCUCUUUCUCUCCUCCCUCUGCCUUCCCCGUGCAUAAAGUCUCCGUCGCUCUUGGAACUUGUUGGCAAUGCCUAUUUUUCAGCUUUCCCCCGCGUUCUCUAAACUAACUAUUUAAAGGUCUGCGGUCGCAAAUGGUUUGACUAAACGUAGGAUGGGACUUAAGUUGAACGGCAGAUAUAUUUCACUGAUCCUCGCGGUGCAAAUAGCGUACCUGGUGCAGGCCGUGAGAGCAGCGGGCAAGUGCGAUGCGGUCUUUAAGGGCUUUUCGGACUGUUUGCUCAAGCUGGGCGACAGCAUGGCCAACUACCCGCAGGGCCUGGACGACAAGACGAACAUCAAGACCGUGUGCACAUACUGGGAGGAUUUCCACAGCUGCACGGUCACAGCCCUUACGGAUUGCCAGGAAGGGGCGAAAGAUAUGUGGGAUAAACUGAGAAAAGAAUCCAAAAACCUCAACAUCCAAGGCAGCUUAUUCGAACUCUGCGGCAGCGGCAACGGGGCGGCGGGGUCCCUGCUCCCGGCGCUCCCCGUGCUCCUGGUGUCUCUCUCGGCAGCUUUAGCGACUUGGCUUUCCUUCUGAGCGCGGGGCCGGCUCCCCCCGCGCGCCCACCCACACUCACUCCAUGCUCCCGGAAAUCGAGAGGAAGAUCCAUUCGUUCUUUGGGGACGUUGUGAUUCUCUGUGAUGCUGAAAACACUCAUAUAGGAUUGUGGGAAAUCCUGAUUCUCCUUUUGAUUUCGUUUGAUUUCUUGUGUUUUAUUUGCCAAAUGUUACCAGUCAGUGAGCAAGCAAGCACAGCCAAAAUCGGACCUCAGCUUUAGUCCGUCUUCACACAAAAAUAAGAAAACGGCAAACCCACCCCAUUUUUUUUUAUUUUUAAUUUUUACUUUUGGCACAAGAAUCUCAGGAACGGCCCUGGGCCACCUACUAUAUUAAUCAUGUUAAUACAUGACAAAUGAUGGGCUCCUCCUAAUAAGAAAGAGAGGAGAAGGCCAGGGGAAUGAAUUCAAGAGAGAUGUCCACGAGGAAAGCAUAUGGUGAAUAACUCACGCUCACGUCUUUCUUCCACAGUAUCUUGUUUUGAUCAUUUCCACUGCACAUUUCUCCUCGAGGAAAGUGAAAGGACAGAUUGUUGGCUUUGUGGUUUAAGGAUAGGAGGGAGAGAGGGAAGGGAUUGAGGAAAUCUCGGGUGUCUAGGUAAAGGUUUCCAGAAGAAUCGCUGCUAAAGUCACUGAGAGGUUAAGCUUUACCUGCUGUUGUCGAUGCAUCUUUCCAAGUCCACUGCCUUUAUUUUCCCUCUUGUUUUAGCUGUUACACAUACAGUAAUACCUGAAUAUCCAACGGUAUAGAUCACAAGGGGGGGUGUUAAAUGUUAAUCUAAAAUAUAGUUAAAAAAGAUUUUGACAUAAAAGAGCCUUGAUUUUAAAAAAAAGAGAGAGAUGUAAUUUAAAAAGUUUAUUAUAAAUUAAAUCAGCAAAAAAAGAUUUGCUACAAAGUAUAGAGAAGUAUAAAAUAAAAGUUAUUGUUUGAAAUGGGGGUGUCGUUUGUUUCCUG